AUGGGAAGGAAGAGAAAACAAAGAAAGCCAGCAAUUGAAGGUGACACAUCAAAUCUUCCAUGUGAAGUCAUAUACAACAUACUCUCGAAACUACCUGUCAAGUCUCUGGUUCGAUUCAGGUGCGUUUGUAAAUCAUGGCGUGGUGUAAUCUCAGAUCCCAAAUUUGCAAAAUCACAUCUCAAUGAAUCAAUUAGGUUGGACCGUAAAAAACUCCUUGACUCGGCCCACUACCAUAUUGAUCUCUACUCCAUAGCCAAUGAAAGUUGUGAGGGUGAACAAGUAUCCUUUCCUUGUAGGAAGUAUUGGAUUGCGAGAAUGAUGUGUUCUUGUAAUGGUUUAGUACUUUUGCAUGUUGAAAAAGACAAUAUGUAUGUAUUGUGGAAUCCAUCCAUCAGAGCACAUAAAAAGUUCUCUUCUCCACCUCAUAUAUAUAACAGUUAUGUACCACGGGGACUUUGCUAUGAUUCUUCCAUGGAUGAUUACAAGGUCAUAUUUAUCUCGACAGAUGAGGAAUUGUUUGUGGUUUUUAGUUUCAGAGGUCAAUGCUGGUCAGAGCCUAGGCAAUUCCCUUAUUUGUGUUUUUGCGGUGAUAUGUUCAUUGCUAAUGGUGUGUCACACUGGGUUGCUUUAACACCCACAGUUGCCAACGUGAGGCGAUACCCUUCUUCCGACAACUGUUCUAGUGUUUCCUCUUCGGGUUCAUCAGAUAAUAUUGAUAGUGGUGAUGACAAUGGUAAUUAUUACUCAGCUUUGGUUGGUCAACUCUAUCUUCACAAUUCAGACACUCAUAUACCCCAAUAUGAGCAUGAUUCCGCUAGAACAUGUUUGAUUGUUUACUUUGAUACGGCCGAUGACAAGUUCAAGGAGAUGCCACCACCAAAAUACAUAAAAGAAGGAGAUGUAUUUAGUUUGACGGUUAUGAAAGGAUGCCUCAGUUUAUAUUGUAAUACCUUGGACAAAAAACAUAUUGUGGUAUGGACAAUGAAGCAAUAUGGUGAGAAGAAUUCCUGGACUAAGUUCGUCGUCAUCCCGCGUUGGCUAGGAACAGGAUAUUUAUGUUGCAUGGCACCAUUGGCGCCAUUGUAUGCUACCAAAAAUGGUGAAAUUGUGAUGAUAACUGAUGGUUGUGUUAUAAAUGGAAGAAGUAUAGUCACCUAUAAUCCCAAGAUAAAGGAGUGCAGGAGAAUUGGGAAAACAAAAUCAUAUUCUCCGAGAGUGCUUUUAUAUGUGGAUAGUUUAGUUUUGCCCAUUCGUACACCUCAAGUAAAAAGAAAGAGGAAAAAAGAAUUGUGA